UCAGUGGUUGCAUAUGAUAUGCAUCUAUCAGAUGUGCAACAUGGACAUGAACUUUGAGGCGUUUCUGAAUUGUUAGUCUGCGUUAUAGGCUACUAUACACCGCUUUAUUUCCUCUCCAAUCCCUGCAAGAUUGCAUGCAUUCAGGUGGAAAAAAAAAUGGCAGAAAGAAAAAAAGCUCGCCCUACUUCAGAUUCUCUCUCAGUCUCUCCAUGUGCGUUUUUAUGUGUUUAUGCGUAAGCGAUGCUUUCAAUGAUGUCAUAUUGAUAAGAAAAAGAAAACUAGCCUAAUAUUUAUUCCAAACGGAACGCGUCUCGCGCUCACGGCACAGAUUGCGCGUUUCAUAUUUUAACAGCGCGAGCAGCUGUGAGACAAGAUGCACUUUAAAGCCAUUCAAAAUUAAAAUCGCCUUCGGGAAGAUUUGUUACAUGCUGUAAACUCUUUCAUGCUCUUUGUACAUCGCUUUCCAGCCAAAUUGGAACAAUCACGUCUGUGACACGCUGAGCUUAGGAAAACUUUUUUACUGAAUGCAACUUUUGGCACCCGCGCGCACUUAUGAUAAAAGACGCACGGGAGGUUGGUUGACCUGUUGGCUUUUGGAAUCGAUAUUCACACGUUCAGCUGUUAAGCGCGCGCGCGCACACGAGAGAGAGAGAGAGAGAACGAAAAGAACAAGACGCAAAAUCUACACUGGGCGUGCGCUUUCGAGUGAGAGAGAACGCAACACAGUUUCUUUUUUAAACACCAAACGGGCGCGGUAAUGAGGGCAUUAGGUGCGAACGCCAGCUGACAGCAGAAGUUGCCACCGUUCCCACAACCAACUUUUCACCUCCGUAACACCCGAAACCCGCGAAUGGAUGUGCACUUCACUAAUGACAAGGACUCCGAGAGCUGAGCCGCCUUAAUAACUCCGAGAGCGCUGGCUUAUUGUUACAGUCUGCUAAAGCACCUGCCUCGAGCUCUUUCCCCUCGGAUGGUUUUUGGUUGGUGAUUUGUGUCCGGUAUAUGUUUGCUCAACGGGACUAGUGUUCUCCUGGAGGUCGAGAUGAGGCUGCUCUGCUGGAGCGUUCUGCUGCUCAUCCAAUGGAUUCUGAGAAAGGUGCACGGCUUGGAGAAACAGGUGGGCAAAUCUCUGGAUUACCUGGAGCAGGGACCGUCCGGCACAGUCUUCAAGAGCCUCCCGCACGGAGCAGGAGGAGUCAAACCUCCGUACCAAACCUCCAGGAUAUUCUCCACAAUGGACCACACGCCCGUCAAGCCCAAACCGCCCACCUACAGCUUCCAGAACCCGUACGAAUGGGUCCGAAACCAGUCGCAGCUCCUGGACCAAACAGGCUACCGACCCAAGCGCAAACCUUCCCUCAAAACCUCCAUGAAGACUAAAAAGAUCUUCGGCUGGGGCGACUUCUACUUCAACGUCAAGACGCUCAAGUUCAGCCUGCUGGUGACCGGCAAGAUCGUGGACCACGUCAACGGGACGUUCACCGUCUACUUCCGCCACAACUCCUCCAGUCUCGGGAACGUGUCGGUCAGCAUCGUUCCCCCGACCAAGGUGGUGGAGUUCGAGGUUCUCCAGCAGCAGAACCCGCUCCACCCAGAGAUCCAGUUCCACCCGCCGCAGCAGUCCACCAUCGACCCCAAAGACAUCAAAACCUUCAACUGUCGCGUGGAGUACGAGAAGACGGACCGCUCCAAGAAGCCCAAACCCUGCCUGUACGACCCGUCGCAGACCUGCUUCACCGAGAACACCCAGUCGCACUCGUCCUGGCUCUGCGCCAAACCCUUCAAAGUCAUCUGCAUCUUCAUCUCCUUCUUCAGCAUCGAUUACAAGCUGGUGCAGAAGGUCUGUCCGGACUACAACUUUCAGAGCGAACAUCCUUAUCUCGGAUGAAGCGGAUGUGCUGACGUGUUUGUGUUUUCCGGGACUCUGUGUUGAUUUUUUUGGAUCUAAGUUUUCUUUGUAUAUAGAACGAACAACCCUAACCCGUUCAGCUCUUGAUAUUGAUUUAUUGCUUUCGUCCGUUUCUGUCUGUCGACUGUUAGACCAACAGGGAACGAGUUGUUUUUCUACCGAUCCCGCUUAUGUAUUUCACAAGGAGAUUAUGGAGAAAAAUGAUGUUCCUCCUCAGUGUUUCUGUCUUGUUUUCCAGCACAAAUAUCUAUAAAUCAAGAAAAGUACAGUAUAUCAGCCACCAUAUCGGUAUCGGCCGAUAUAUGUUAAUUUUUUAUUGUUAUCGUUAUCGGCCAGAUAAGAAAAUGUAGCCGAUAUAUUAAAGCCGAUAUAUAAUGGAUUAUUUCCUUCAGCUGAGAUGCUUCAGAUACGCACUGUUCACCAUGAUGGUUAUGAAUUGCUUGAAAUAUGAU